AUGCAAGCUAUGGCGAAGAGGCUCCUUGAGGUCGAUCCCAACCUCAGUCGCGUUCGUUUCGAGCUCGUCCCCAAACAACUGACUGAAGAGAAAUUCUGGCAUAACUACUUCUAUCGCGUUUCCCUCAUAAGGCAAUCUUUGAUGGCAAAUGCAUCGGAAGCUCAUGCUAGAAAGCCAUCACCCGCACCUGCCGCCGACAAACCAUCAUCAUCUGAAGCUUCGGAAACUUCCUCUGUCAAGGAGACACCAUCCGUGCCUGCUGAGAAACCGACACCAUCUGUUUCUGAGAAGAAGUCAUCACCAUCUGAG